AUGGAUGAUUUUGCGGAGGAAGAGACAGAGUUCGUGGUGGAGGAGGUGACGACGCUGGUGAAGGAGUGCGUCGAGAAGAUAGUUGGCCGCGAGACGUUCCAGCGGCAGAAGUGCGAGCUGUAUGUGCACCGCAUCGCUGAGGCGUGCAUCUCUGCGCUCGCCCGCCUCAACAAGCCCUUCAAGUACAUAGUGACGGUGGAAGUGGCGCAGAACGACGGAUGUGGCCGCCAUGGAGCGUUCGCCAACUUAUGGGACGCUGGCCGCGACAAGUGCUGCAACGUCAUCUGGAAGAAUGACGUCGUUCUAUGCAUCGUCACUGUUAUUGGCCUUCACAUAUGA